GGUACGGGGAAAAGCUCACUUACGACGUCGUUUUGAAUUCCUUCACUUUCAGUCGGUCUUCUUUGCACAAUCCCAACUAGCUAUAGUUUAGUUUCGCCACCAGCCCAAGCUGCCAGUUCUAUUUGCUCCAGGUAUAUCGUCGUCAUGUGAUUACGCGAGUUGCAGUUUACUGUGAAAUUUGAAUUAUCGAAAAUGGCGAAGUGGUAUCUCAGGCAACAUCACUAUCAUCAUCAUCAUCAUUGUCAGUGUUGCUUGUAGACGACGCGAACGAGAGAUACCUGGCUAGUUGGGUGGACGGGACAGCCCAACCUGUGAUCGAGCGAGGGUGUUUUGGUGGUAGUGUUGGGGUGUGGUGGACGUGGAUCAGUUCAGUGUUGCUCAAUCCAGUAUUCAAACCGUGGGUAGUGAUCGAGAGGGGAACGUUGCGAAGAAGUGUUGUGAAGUGCCUUGUGGGGAGUAGAUUUUAGCCAAAAAAAGUGAAGAGGAGAAAGAAAAACAAGCCUCAUCCACAUACCUACCAUCACCAGGAGAACCGAAAAACCAACAACGGCAAAAUACAUCGAGAGGACGGUACGGUGAGAGCUGUGUGGUUGAACCGGCCGAAAGCAGAAAAAGUUAUUGCCAGGCAAAACUCGUCUUAUAGCUCAAGAAUCGAUGACCACUCGAUCAUUGUUAGUUUAAACGAACGACGAGCAGCUGCGCACGUUUGAUUUUCGGUUUCCACACACCUGUGCGUUAAAAAUUUAGGCCAGCGGAAGAAAACAACAAUCGGAAGUGUACACCCACGAAACCCAUCCAGCUAUAACUUUAAAGCAAUGCAGCGACGAUGGCCGGACUCAAACCGAACAUCUACGCAGUGCUUGUAACUUGUCUGGGAUUCCUGUGCUUAAUUAUCAGUGCUACCGCUGUCGGAUUACCAAUAUGGGCCUACUACGAGAGUCGAGGAGGAGAGGAUCGAGGAUACUUUGGCCCAUGGCAAAAAUGUCAAGUGCUCAGCUACAGAGAACGAUGUGGCGAUGUCGGUAGAUUUCAACCAUCUGGUGUUGUCUUCACCAGCGGUUUAAUGGCCGUGGCAGCGUGUGGCUUGUUCGGCAUUUACUGCGUACUGAGUAUCCUACAGAUGGCAAUGAUUUCAUCACGUGACCAAAUCUGCAUGAAGUACACCGGUCUCAUCACGCUCAAACUGAUACUGGUGGUACUGGGAACGUUUCUGUCACUGGCGGCAGCUGGUCUGUUUGCCCUACAGACCGACGACGACCGGUCCGGUUACCACAUCACCCGGGGGAUUUCAUUCUACCUGCAGAUCGUGACGGUGGCCCUGUCAUUGGCGCUGCUCGUACUUUCGCUGUACGAUAAGAUCCUGACAAAUAAACCCGACGGGGACCCAACGAUGAUGACCACCACGAAUGGGUCAACGACGUACAAUAAUCCCGGAUUUCGGGACACGAAUGGCAUCGCCGUAACCGACUUGAGCGGUCGACCAUACUCCAGCAUCAACGGCAGCGUUCAGUCGAUGAACACGACCAUGACGACCAUGUCCAAUGGGUCCACAAUUGGUUCAGUAUCGGUUACCAGGACACCACUACGGUCCAGUCUGAAGAAACCACGGCCACAAAAUGCGGAAGCGCUAGGCAUCCGCAACCCGGGCUAUUCCGAGAACGGUACCGUCAAAAAGGUUCGCAUUCAAACGCACAGUACAGAGGUUUGAAAACGCAAGCGAGAAAAAGGAGACCAAGUGCAUUAUUAUACCUUUUCGUAUUGAAUGAUCGUAAUGUCCGUCCAUAUUGUAUGAAGCGUAAUUCUUAAUUUUAAUGCAAGGUUUAUUUUGUUUUUUAUACCAACAAUAUUUUAUUUUUUUAAUUUGUAAGAAAUAAUUGUGAAAAUCUCGUAACUGAUCUUACUUAAACUGAAAGUGAAAAUCAUUAGAUCUGAUUUAAGUGUUAUUUAGUCGUAGUCAGUUGAAAACUCUUCUAUUAGGAUCGUCACUUAAAAAGUACUGAUUGUAAAUAGCAACCGGAUUCGGAAGAAAUUUUAAAAGACACGUUACUAAAAGAAUGAGGACAGCAAACGAGUACUAUGAACAAGACAUUCGUUGUAGAAUAAUUAGCAAGAUUUGCCAAUAUAUUUAUAGAUGAACGACGUUGGAAUGUGGAAAACAAAGUGCACUUCAAAGUUGCCUUAGCGCGCACAUCGCAGUGGAAUGAAUCAAUUGUAUAAAAUAUGUCAUAUACAAUUCAAAAAGGGUAGAAACAGAUAGGCAACGCAAUCAAGUGUUGAUGAUAUUGGACCUAAGCGUUAGAUGGAUUCAAAAUACCUGCAAACCAAUUGCAGAAAUUGUUUUUCGAUUAUUAAGGAUUGUAUAGAUAUUAUAGUUUUGUAUUCAUUGCAUUCAUCGUUUUCGGUUUAGUCGAAGUCUUCCUUAAAUCUUAGAUUUUUUGUUUGAUCAAAAACAGUAAUUCAUUCGAUUGGAUAAUUUUUUAUCACUGUUGAAGGCUUUUAGUCUUAACUCAACCGUCCUGAAACAAUACGAACCAUGUGUUGUCUUCUUAUGUAAUUUUGAGUAAAAUAUUCUGUGAUUCAUUUAAAAUGAAUUAUUUUUUUAUGCAUACAGUAAGAGACAGGAACAAUAAAGUAUCAUCACUAACAAAUAAAA